UUCAUAAUUCUAAUUUGAAGUAGGGAUUGGGAUUGAAAGAAUUUUAAAGUGGGGAAAGGUUGGUUUGGAAGCUUUUUUAUUUUUCUCAUGUCAAGAAUUUCCCACCAGUGUUGUUGAUGGCCACUGUGUGACGUCAUUUGCCGCGAGUAGACUGAUCCAUGUGACCCGGGUGGGUGGGGGUUGCUCUCGUUACUUUUCCACACGCUCGACUGACUGGAGGGGGAAGAGUCGUCUGUCGUCGCUCGUACGUCCGCCGGCUGACCCGCUCACGCUCGUUCGCUAUCCGGCAGCCAGGACGGGCGCUCCUCCCCGCCCCCCCCCCCCCUGGUUCCUGGUGUGGGUCGUUUUCGGACUUAAGUGGGUUUCGUGGUGGAAUCAUCCGAGGAGUGAAGUCACCUGGAAGCCAAAAUGGCUUCUCCCGCCACAGGUGUCCGCCGUCUCCAGCUCUUUUCCGUCACCGUUCCCAUCCCGCCCAUACGUCCCGUCGAGACUCAGGGAAGCGGAUGGCUCGCGUCGAGCUCAGGUGCAUCUGGGGGGCUCCGGGAACUGGUCUGCAGCCCCCUUCCUCCUCCUCUAUAGCAGGGGAUGCGGCUUGAGCUUCUCUGUGGAUGUGUGGACCUCCAGGAAGGGGAUGUUAUUAAAAGAGGAGAACCCCACUUGGAGAGGAUUUUUGGGGAGGGAAAUGAAGGACAGUUUUGAGCAGGAUCUCCAGGGGAACAUCCUGACCCCCGAGCGCAAAAGCUAAUUAACGACCAGGAGGAGGCGCGACCGCCACCUCAGACAUUUAAAAAAACAAAAAAAAAAAAGGGAGAUCAUCACGAGCGGGAGGAGAAGAUCCCUCCCCGGCACCGCCGUUCUCGCCCACCUGUGCGGAUUAAGCGGCGGACGGCAUGGCGCACGCCGCCUCGCAGCUGAAGAAGAAGGCGGACGAGGUCCUCGUUGCGGCCGAGGAGGAGCGGGAGAAGGAGCGCAAGCGGGCCAGAAAGCGGGCACGGGGCGAUGUCAAGAAAAAGACGGAUGUGAACGCUUGUUACCUACGAGCAGCUCGCGCCGGAAACUUGGAGAAGGCUUUGGAUUACUUGAAGAAUGGCGUAGACAUCAACAUUUGUAAUCAGAAUGGCCUCAACGCGCUGCAUCUGGCCUCCAAGGAGGGCCACGUCGAGGUGGUGGCUGAGCUCCUCCAGCAGGGCGCCAAGGUGGACGCUGCCACCAAGAAAGGCAACACGGCGCUGCACAUUGCGUCUCUGGCCGGCCAGAUGGAAGUGGUGAAAGAGCUGGUCAUGCACAGCGCCAACAUCAACGCGCAGUCGCAGAAUGGCUUCACGCCGCUGUACAUGGCGGCGCAGGAAAAUCACCUGGACGUGGUGCACUUCCUGCUGGAGAACGGCUCAAGUCAGAGCAUUGCCACAGAGGACGGAUUCACGCCACUGGCGGUAGCGCUGCAGCAGGGCCACGACCAGGUGGUGUCGCUCCUCCUGGAGAACGACACCAAGGGCAAGGUGCGCCUCCCUGCGCUCCACAUCGCCGCCAGGAAGGACGACACCAAGGCCGCCGCCCUCCUCCUGCAGAGCGACCACAACGCCGACGUGGAGUCCAAGAUGAUGGUGAAUAGAACAACAGAGAGUGGCUUCACACCUCUCCACAUCGCCGCUCACUACGGCAACAUCAACGUAGCCACACUGCUGCUCAACAGAGGUGCCGCUGUCGACUUCAAGGCUCGGAAUGACAUCACGCCACUGCACGUGGCCUCCAAACGCGGGAACGGCAACAUGGUGCGCCUCCUGGUGGAGCGAGGAGCCAAGAUCGACGCACGGACCAAGGACGGUUUGACGCCGCUGCACUGCGGAGCCCGCAGCGGCCACGAGCAGGUGGUGGAGAUGUUGCUCAGCAGAGGCGCUCCCAUUCUCUCCAAAACCAAGAACGGUCUGUCUCCGCUCCACAUGGCGACGCAAGGCGACCACCUCAACUGCGUGCAGCUGCUGCUGCACCACGACGCGCCGGUGGACGACGUGACCAACGACUACUUGACAGCGCUGCACGUCGCCGCCCACUGUGGUCACUACAAGGUGGCCAAGGUCAUCGUGGACAAAAAGGCCAACCCCAACGCCAAGGCCUUGAAUGGUUUCACGCCGCUACACAUCGCCUGCAAGAAGAACAGAGUCAAGGUGAUGGAGCUCUUGCUGAAGCACGGCGCCUCCAUACAGGCCGUCACAGAGUCCGGCCUGACCCCCAUCCACGUCGCGGCUUUUAUGGGGCAUGAAAACAUCGUCCACCAGCUCAUCAACCACGGCGCCUCGCCCAACACCAGCAAUGUGAGAGGGGAGACUGCCCUUCACAUGGCUGCAAGGGCCGGACAAUCUAACGUGGUGAGAUAUUUGGUCCAGAAUGGCGCACAAGUCGAUGCCAAGGCCAAGGACGAACAGACGCCACUGCACAUCUCCAGUCGUCUGGGCAAGCAGGACAUUGUCCAACUGCUGCUCGCCAACGGGGCAUCGCCCAACACCACCACCAGCUCCGGGUACACGCCCCUCCACCUGGCCACCCGGGAGGGACACCGGGAUGUAGCGACGGCGCUGAUGGACCACGGAGCCAGUCUGGGCAUAACUACCAAGAAGGGUUUCACUCCGCUGCAUGUGGCGGCAAAGUACGGCAAGCUGGAGGUGGCCAACCUCCUGCUGCAGAAAAACGCCGCACCAGAUGCCGCCGGCAAGAGUGGACUAACUCCAUUGCAUGUGGCCGCGCACUACGAUAACCAGAAGGUGGCGCUUCUUUUGCUCAAGCAUGGAGCCUCACCACAUGCAGCCGCAAAGAACGGUUACACGCCACUGCACAUCGCAUCCAAGAAGAACCAGAUGGAGAUCGCCACCACGCUGCUGGAGUACGGCGCGUCCACCAACAGCGUGACGAGGCAGGGCAUCACCCCGCUACAUCUGGCCGCGCAGGAGGGCAACGUGGACGUGGUGACGCUGCUGCUGGCGCGGGAGGCUCGGGUCAACACGGGCAACAAGGUGAAACUUAACGAGAAUGCAAAAAACAAACAAAAAAAUGGCUUAACUCCACUCCACCUGGCUGCCCAGGAGGAUAAAGUCAACGUGGCUGAGGUUUUGGUCAACCACGGAGCCACCAUAGACCCCGAGACUAAGCUGGGUUACACUCCCCUCCACGUGGCCUGUCACUAUGGCAACGUGAAGAUGGUCCACUUCCUGCUCAAAAACCAGGCCAAGGUCAACACUAAGACCAAGAACGGUUACACUCCUCUCCAUCAGGCCGCUCAGCAAGGACAUACACACAUUAUCAAUCUGCUGCUGCAUCAUGGGGCGUCACCCAACGAGCUUACCACGAAUGGGAACAGCGCUCUGUCCAUCGCCAGGAGGCUGGGCUACAUCUCAGUGGUGGACACCCUCAAGGUGGUCACUGAAGAGACCCUGACCAUGCAGACGGUCACAGAGAAGCACAAGAUGAACGUUCCGGAGACCAUGAACGAGGUGCUGGACAUGUCCGAUGAUGACGCCUGUAAGGCCAGUGCUCCCGAAAUGAUCACAGAGGACUAUUUGUCCGAUGUUGAUGAAGGCGACGACGCUAUGACGGGGGACACGGACAAGUACCUGGCGCCCCAGGACCUGAGAGAGCUGGGCGACGAUUCGCUGCCGCAGGAGGGCUACAUGGGCUUUAGCGUGGGCGCACGCUCGCAGAGCCUGCGUUCCUUCAGUUCCGACAGGUCCAACACCCUCAACCGCAGCUCCUUCACCCGGGACAGCAUGAUGAUCGAAGAGAUGCUGGCGCCCAGCAAGGAUAUGCACUUGGCGGUUGCCAAAGAUUGCGACAACGACUCGCUGAGGAGGUACAGCUGGACGCCAGAUGCCAUGGACAACGUCAAUCUCGUUUCCUCGCCAGUCCACUCCGGUUUUUCCUCUCCGCUCCCGCAAUACGACAGCAGGUUCCUGGUGAGCUUCAUGGUGGACGCCCGAGGCGGAUCCAUGCGGGGCAGCCGCCACAACGGCAUGCGCAUCAUCAUCCCGCCCAGGAAGUGCACGGCGCCCACGCGCAUCACGUGCCGCCUGGUCAAGCGGCACAAGCUGGCGUCGCCGCCCCCCAUGGUGGAGGGCGAGGGCCUGGCCAGCCGGCUGGUGGAGGUGGGACCGGCCGGAGCGCACUUCCUGGGGCCUGUGAUAGUAGAGAUCCCCCACUUUGGCUCCAUGCGAGGGCAAGAGCGAGAACUGAUCCUCCUGCGGAGCGAGAACGGUGAAACCUGGAAGGAACAUCUGUACGACUGCAAGACCGAGGACCUCUGUCAGCUGCUCAACGGCAUGGACGAAGAACUUGACUGUGCCGAGGAGCUGCAGAGGAAGAGGAUCUGCCGCAUCAUCACCAAAGACUUCCCUCAGUACUUUGCCGUGGUGUCUCGCAUAAGGCAGGAAACUCAUCAGAUGGGACCUGAGGGCGGGACUCUGUGCAGCCGGAGUGUCCCAUUGGUUCAGGCUUCUUUCCCGGAGGGAGCGCUCACCAAAAAGAUUAAGGUUGGCCUUCAGGCCCAGCCAGUACCAGAUGAGACUGUGAAAAAGAUACUCGGCAACCGUGCGACCUUCAGCCCGAUUGUGACUGUGGAGCCCAGGCGGAGGAAGUUCCACAAGCCCAUCACCAUGACGAUCCCGGUCCCGGCGCUCUCAGGCGAAGGACUUUCUAACGGCUACAAAGGAGACUGCACCCCCUGCCUCCGGCUUCUCUGCAGCAUUACAGGUGGUACAUCUCCGGCACAGUGGGAAGACAUCACGGGCACCACUCCCCUCACCUUCGUCAAAGACUGUGUCUCUUUCACGACCAACGUUUCAGCACGGUUCUGGCUGGCCGACUGCCACCAGAUCCCAGAGACGGUGGGCUUGGCCUCGCAACUUUACAGGGAGAUGAUCUGUGUGCCCUACAUGGCCAAAUUUGUGGUGUUCGCCAAGAUGAAUGAUCCAGUGGAGUCCCGGCUGAGGUGUUUCUGUAUGACUGACGACAAAGUGGAUAAGACCUUGGAGCAGCAGGAGAACUUUGAAGAGGUGGCCAGGAGCAAAGACAUUGAGGUCCUGGAGGGCCGACCCAUUUAUGUGGACUGCUACGGCAACUUGACUCCUCUGACCAAAAGCGGUCAGCAGUUAGUUCUCAACUUUUACGCCUUCAAGGAAAACCGCUUGCCCUUCUGUGUCAAGGUACGAGACCCUAGUCAGGAGCCCUGCGGCCGCCUUACCUUCCUCAAAGAGUGCAAGAGCACAAAAGGCCUGCCGCAAACGGCUGUGUGCAACCUUAACAUCACGCUGCCCGCCGCCAGAAAGGAAAUGGAGUCAGAUGCUGAGGAUGAGACUGAAAAGCCCGAGCGACGUCAUACCUUUGCAUCGCUAGCCUUACGUAAGCGCUACAGCUAUCUGGCCGAGCCUGCACUGAGUCCUCAGAGUCCCUGCGAGAGGACGGACCUCCGCAUGGCCAUAGUUGCCGAUCACCUGGGACUCAGCUGGACUGAGCUGGCCAGGGAGCUGGACUUCUCCGUGGAGGAAAUCAACUCAAUCCGGUUGGAGAACCCGAACUCCCUGACGGCGCAGAGCUUCAUGCUGCUAAAGAAAUGGGUGCACAGGGACGGUAAAAACGCCACAACGGACACUUUAACAGCGGUGCUGACUAAGAUCAAUCGGUUGGAUAUUGUGACUUUGCUGGAAGGGCCCAUAUUUGACUACGGUAACAUUUCAGGCACUCGCUGCUUUGCCGAUGAUAACGCAGUAAUCCCGGAUCAGUCCGAUGGAUACCACCAAAUAGAUGCGGAGCUGCGAACCCCCAGUGAACUACACUGCGCUCCCCCCACCCUCCUGCAUUCCGACGACUUUUUGCAUGACGGCGAAGGCGGCGGCAGUUUAGUAGACUCCCCUAGCAGGCCUAGUGAGCUCUCCCUCGUUUGCGAACCCCCCCUGGUGCGUGUGGAGGACCCCAGCGAGUCGCCCGACAAUGACAGGAGGGCGGCCAAGCGGCGGGCCAUGUUCGAGGGCGCUUACGCCCCCUACGAGAGGCGGGGGGGGCACCACGAAGAGGAGGAGGAUGACGAAGAAAUGACCCAGGAGAGGCUGCAGAGUCUCCUGGAGGACAUCAAGCUGGAGGAGGGAGGCCUGGAGGACGAGGAGAUGACGGAGGAGAAGGUGCAUGCCAUCCUGGAGCAAGUGCGGCAGGCCGAAAAAGACUUGUGUUCGCUUCCAGGAUGGAGAGGAGGUGAAGCGGAGACGGUGGAGCUCGGACCCGCCUCCGAGGAGGGCAGUCCUGAUAGUCUGGCCGACUCGCUGGAACAGCCGCCGGCUCAGGGCAGCAAUAAAGGAGAAGAGGAGCAAGGCGGCGAGCGGUCAGCUAGGAGAGUCCAGCCGGGAAAUGGGAACAACAAACCAGGAAGAAAAAGUCACUCGUAACGGCAGCACCUCCCGACGCAAACCUGUUGCAGGUCCGCUGGCCGUGGUGUGACCACACACUCAUCCACCACACUCGAGCCGGGAGGGAAAACGGACCAACGGGCAGCGUCCGGUCACACCCAAAAAUGGCACCUUUUGUUUCUGUUUUUGUUUUUUCAACCUUGAG